UGUCAAUUUAAAGAGCGGAAACGAAACACCAUUAAUCAUUGCAUGUCGUAAGAAGAAAUUAGCUUUAGUUCAGAUGAUUAUAAAUGCAGGAGCUGAUGUCAAUUUAAAGAGUGGAAAUGACACACCAUUAACCAUUGCAUGUAAGCGGGGAAAUUUACCUUUAGUUCAAAUCAUCAUUAAUUCAGGAGGUGAUGUUAAUUUAGAAGAUGGAACUUGUACACCAUUAAUGGCAGCAUGUGAAUGGUGUGACCAUUUGAAUGUAGUUGAGGAGUUGAUAAAAGCAGGGGCUGAUAUCAAUUUCAGAUGUGGGACAAAAACACCCUUAACAGCUGCAUGUUAUUGGGGAGUUUUGGAUUUUGUAAAAAAAUUUAUAAAUGCCGGGGUCGAUGUCAAUUUAGGAGAUGGAAAUAAAACACCUCUUACAGCUGCAUGUAAAGCAGGUUAUGAAGAUGUUGUUGAUGAGUUGAUUAAAGCGGGGGCUGAUAUAAAUUUAGCUGAUAAAAAGAAAACACCACUAAUGACUGCAUUUGAUCACGGGCAUUCACACAUAUGUGAAUUGUUGGUUAAAGCUGGGUCUGAAGCCAUUCAUAAAAGUGAACAUGAAACAUCAUUGAUAAUUGCGUGUUGGAAGGGACAACUUAAAGAAGUUGAAAAGAGAAUUCAAGCGGGAGCUGAUGUCAAUUCAAGAGACGGAGUUAUGACACCACUAGUUGCCGCAUGUUAUAUGGGACAUUUGAGGGUUGUUAAAGAAUUAAUAAAAGCUGGAGCCAAUGUAAAUUUGCUCGACGGAGAUAAAACGCCUUUAACAGCCGCAUGUUUGCAAGGACAUUCAAAUGUUGCUAAGAUAUUGAUUAAAGCAGAUGUCGAUGUCAAUAUCGAAGACGGGGAUAAAACACCAUUAACGUCAGCGUGUAAAGGAAAUCAUCUAUAUUUAGUAAAAAAUCUUAUAGAGGCUGGAUCUGAUGUAAAUUUUCAAACUUUUGAUGAAACAGCUCUCGUAGCUGCAUGCAAUGAAGGGCAUUUGCGUGUAGUUAAAACAUUAAUUAAAGCAGGCGCUGAUGUUAAUUUAACGGGACAUUAUGGAAAGUAUACCCCACUAAUAGCUGCAUGUAGAAAAAAUUAUUUGGAAACAGUAAAUGUUUUGAUAAGGGCUGGGGCUGAUGUCAAUCUGAUAGGAAAGUGUGGUGAAUAUACCCCACUAAUAGCUGCAUGUGUUGUUGGGCUUUUGGAUGUGGUUAAUGUUUUUAUAAAUGCUGGGGCUGAUGUUAAUCUACGAACCAAAGAAAGAGAUUAUACACCUUUAAUAGCUGCCUGCAUGAACAACCAUCUGAAUUUAGUUUAUGCUUUGAUAAAGGCCGGCGCUGAUGUCAAUAUGUCAGGACGAAAAAAUACUCCACUGUCAGCUGCGUGUCAAGGUGGGCAUUUAAAUGUAGUAGAUGCUUUGUUAAAGCGUGGGGCUGAUGUCAAUCUCGCGGGUGAAACUGGCGAACUUACACCAUUGCUUGCUGCUUCUCAGGGUGGACAUUCGGAAGUGUUUGAUUUUCUAGUAGAAGCAGGGGCUAAUCUCAUUUUGUUUGACUGAAAAAAGGGCUGAUGUUUAUGAUAUUUACAUGCAUAUCAAACCGCGAAAAAAUGUAUGUAGAUAUUUUUAAAUUUGAGUACAAAUCGUAAUUGAUUAUCAGAGGCACGUGUAUACAGGGGUUUAAUAAUGAACAAAAUAACUUACUUCAUACAGAACAACUUCGUUUUGGCUCAUGAUUUGAUAUAUUUAUAGGUGACUGCAAACAUGCGAUUUUUGGGCAUAAAACUAUCUUAGGUCAGCAUAUUACAACAGCUUAAUGAGAAGGAAUUGAUGAAAUGUUAGCGCGUAGGUGAACUGCUGCGGUCAAAGAGAUUACAUAUUUCAAAAUGAGCACAAAGUUAGCAUUUAAUUUAAAUUUAUUUACAAAAUCGAAAUCGUAUAUAGCAAGCAAAAUGCAGGAGUUUUAUAUUAUUGAUUUAGAAGUAUGUAUAAAUAGAAUUAAUAUGAAUCUACAUAAUGAUUUUCUUUAUAAAAAAAAAAAAAUUAAUGGCAGAUUUCAAAUAUAUGCAAUGAUAUAAAUCUUUCAACGCAUGAUUGAUCUUUUAUUUCAAUGAAUUAGCAAGAGUACGCAAAACAGGCAGUUCAUAGAUUAUAUUUAUUGUUUAUAUAUUUAUUUACAUGUAUAUAUAUAUUGCGUGUGAAUUAUUCAAAGCGGUUUGUAAGGAGAACAAGGUGGGAUAAAUGACUAAGACAAUGAAUAAAUUUAUUUACGGUGAACAUUAAAAGUUUCAUUUUCAUUAGUACAGUUACUAUUAGUGUUUUUAUUCCGGUACAUUUUUUGCGAACAUUCAUUUAAGUUUUGUAAUUGUGGCGAUAACAUACUUAUGUAUUACGCAGUACUAUGUGUUUGUUUUCAUAUACAUUUGACCUGAUGUUUCCUUCAAGUUUAUUUUUAAUUUUGUCUUCUUCCUGGUACACCGAUUGGGGUGUUUACUUUUUGAUCACCGUUAAUAUUCAGUAAACAAAGAUUGCUUGUAGAAUUCAUCUACGUUUAUGUUAUUCAUUUUUUUCUCAUUUUUUGAUUAAAUUAAAUAUGCAUUAAAUGAUCAAGUGAUUUACAUUAUGUAUUAUAUUCAUUUAUUUUGUACAAUUUUAUAGAUUUUGAAAUCGUUACCUGUCUUGUUUAUGCAUGUAAGAUCACCGCGUUUCAAUGUUUUACCAUGAUGCAUGGAUGUUCAACACAUAAUUCAUGUAUCUGAAAAUUUUUAUACAAGUAUUUCAAAAGACAAAAUAUGGUAGAUGAAUUUAAAAACUUGAACACUUAUACGAUUUGUAAGAUUUCUAUUACUUCUGAAGCGAUAGUUGAUACAAACUUAAAUGUGAAUUCUUAAUUUUUUUAAAUUAAACUUUAAAAUAAAAGCCCAAUUAUCCAGUUACGUUCCGACAGUUUCCACUAAGAAGUUUGUAACGCUAUAAAUUCCAGUGAAUCUUAUCUUUUGAGUAUUUUUAAAUUCAAAAAUAACUAAUAUCCACAUCAUUUAAAAAAGAUAAAUAAUUAUAAUGUAAUGUAAUUUUUAACAUGUGAUAAAUUAGAAGCUCAACAAAAUAUAUAUUUUUAAAGUUUCUAUAUAUAUCUUGUCUGUUACAGGUGAUAAUAGUUAUUAAUAAUUUACCCCCUUCUUUUCUAUGUGUUUCAUAAAUGCAGUGCCAGCAUAGUUUAAUUCAGAAAACCGGCUUUUUCUAGCAAUUUUUCAGACAGCAUUAUGCUCUAAUUUUACUCUACUAACAAUUAUCUGAGGAUAUCCUAUUAACCUGGUAUUUGUAUUGUUCUAUUAUCUUCACUCUAAAUUAUAGGCAUCAGGUACAGUAUACAUGUGUACAAGUCUAAAAUUAGAAUCUAAAUAAUGUGGAAUCAUCAUUUGUCGUGUGGCACCGAUGUUCAUGCCUUUUGUGGGUAACCCUUGCCCACGAACUUCAAUCCCCCCCAAAAGUAUAUACAAGUAUCUAUUGACAACUAUUUAAAUUAUCAUGAGUACAAUACCAUCGAAAUUACGUCUUCACGAACCAGAAACAAUUUGAGUAUUCACAAACAUUGACCCCAUCGAUUAAAAAAAUAUCCACAGUAUAUGAUUUGAUGUGAAAUACUGUGGUUUCAUUAAUAUUCAAGGGUAUCAAUUUUCGUGGAUAAAUUGAGAAUCACAGUUUCAAGGACAUGUAAAUUCGUGGCCAAUGACAAUUGCAUUUCAAUGAACAUUUAACUUAACAACGAAAUCCACGAAAGUUGGUAUUUAACGAAUAUUGAUGAAACCACAGUCACUAUAGUAGUUUACAUUAUUUUAGUUUUUUUAUUCAGAAAGGUGGAGUUACAUUUUACCUGAACAUUGUAAAACAUUUUAACACCAGCUGAUUAUUAACAUGUACAUGGAUGAUUUUUUUGUCCAUUUUUUUUUAAUAUUAUGCAAACAAAAAUGUGUUGUUUAUUUUUAAUGUGAAAACAUUUCAAAUCGAAUGUGCAUUAAGUAUCAUUAAGAUGAUCUUCCAAUACCAUAGAUAGCAUGGUGACAUAGAUUGUCAUUUAUUUUUUUCUUUUGUUUCCUUCCUGAUAAACAGAUUUUUAUGUUUGCUCUAUGAUCGCUGCAUGCAUUAAAUGAACAAAGUUUGCUUGUAGAGUUCAUUUACGUACAUGUAAUGUUUUUUAUUUUUGAUUAAAACAAAUAUGUUUCAAAUAUCAAAUGAUUUGCUUCAACUGAAUUAUGUUUGCUUAUUUUUAUAGAAAUUGUAAAGAAAUUGAAAUCAUUACAUGUUUUGUUUAUACAUGAAAUUAACUUGUUUCAAUGUAACACUAUGAAGCACGGAUGUGAACACUAAUUGUUAUUUUUUAUUGACGAAUAGAAAAAAUAACAAAUUGGUUUAAUUCACCCUAAAAAUUUCAAAAAGUUACAACUGUACGGUUGACCAAACUGUCAGUAAUCUCUGAAUGCUUUGUUUAAGGAGUAAACUGUUGUUGGUAAGGCAUGCUGUACGUUUAUAUGAAUAUUUCUUUUAUUUAUUCUAUGUAAAUACAAUGUGAAAGACGAUUCAACCUUUCUAAUUGUUUCAGUUAUGUUGAAAAUAUAUUAAAUAAUUUAGUUAUAAAUUGGA